AUGACAUUGUUAAAUGUGAAGACACGCCAAUGGGACGCAAGAAAAGGACGCAUAAACAACGACGAGGCGGAGAUGGGCGUAGGCAACGUAUUCGUGACGGAGGUGAGGGCGCGCUACAUCACCUUCAGUAUCCCUUACGACUACGAGAGGGCGUGCUUUCUGACGCCGUCUCCGCGCGAACUGCCCCGCUGGAUGGCGCUCACCUUCCCCUUCACGCUAUACGUCUGGUUGCUGCUUAUAGUGACUGUGGCUUCGCUGGUGGUGUUCGUGCCUUUGUUCGGAAAGGUCAUGCUACUUGAGGAAUUUGCCGGCGACCUUCACACCUUAUCAGGGACUUUUCUUUACAUCACGGCUCUCUUCUGCAACCAGGCUACUAUCCUUCCUUCGCGGACUCCUAUGCAGGUCAUGGCAGCGUUCCUCAUCAUGAGCGGGUUCCUCACCACCGUGUUCUACUCCUCAAACCUAAAAGCCUUCAUGAUGGUCAAGGUCGUGGAACAGCCUUACACUUCCAUUCAGCAGAUCGUCGAGAGCGACUACGACGUUGGUGGAUUCAGCGACUUCUGGAGAGCCAUCUUCGACGAGUCUUCCAACGAGAACGUAAAGAAACUCGGACAAAAGUUCUUCAGCUUCUUUCCCGACAUAUAUCCUCAUCUCGCGCGCGUCGCUUCUCGGAAGGUAGUGCUGCUGGAGAACACUCAACACCUGACUUACCUGCAGGAGUCCUACCUGACGAACCGCAUAGGGGAGUCCCCGGUCAGGCUCAUGCUGGAGGAAUGCAUCAAUCCUUUUGGCAUCGGCGCUCUCCUCAGGAGGAACUCCCCGCUCAAACACAAUGUUGAUAUGGCUAUUCUGCGCAUGCGUGAGGCUGGCCUUGUAGACAAGUACUUCGAGGAGGUGCUCUUGAAGGGACAUGGCGAAGGUCACAACAUAGACAGCGUGGAGUAUAACAAUGAAGAAUCCGCUAUUGGCCAAGGGGUAAUAGCUCUGACUUUGGAACAUUUACAGGGAGCUUUCCUGGUACUCGGGCUUGGGUUAUUUGCUGCUUUGUGCGUCAUGCUAACUGAAGCUGCAACCGCUCUGUGCACUUGCAUGGACCCUCUCCAACCUAAGGCUAAAAUGCCAACGAAUUUAGAUAAUAUCAAGACAACUGAAACUGUAACAGAAUCUAGAAUCUUCUAA